AUGGGCUACACCCUCUGCAUCCUAGGAUGCGGCACCAUGGGUGUCGCCAUCCUCUCCGGCGUGCUCGCUAGCCUCGACGCGAAGCCCGCUAGCCCGCACCCCAAGUGGGAGUCGCACACCUCAGGCACCGUCACCCCACAGGUGCUCGAAGACGACGCGCUCCCGUCGCGGUUCAUCGCCUGCAAGCUCGCCGGCGCGUUCUUCUCAGCAGGCACGCUCGGCCGCUCCGUCGAGAUUUUCCAGGGCAGGAACGUCGCCGCCGUGCGCGAGGCCGACGUUGUGCUGCUGUGCUGCAAGCCUCAGUUGGCGCAGACGAUCCUCGCCGAGCCCGGCAUGCAAGAUGCGUUCGACGGCAAGCUCCUCCUCAGCAUCCUCGCCGGUGUCACCAUCGCGCAGCUACGCGCCAUGGUCCUGCCGUCGACGCGGGUCGCGCGCACAAUGCCCAACACCGCCAGUAAAAUCCGCGAAGGGAUGACGGUCGAGAAGCACUUCGACGCCUGCACCGCGCUCUCUGGCUCCGGUCCUGCAUUCGCCUGCAUCUUUUUGGAGGCCAUGGCCGACGGUGGGGUCAUGAUGGGCUUGCCCCGGGCAGAAGCAUUGGAACUCGCUGCGCAGACACUCCAAGGGGCAGCCCGCAUGACCCUCGCCGGAACUCAUCCCGCGGUGCUCAAAGAUGCCGUCACUACCCCGGGCGGUUGUACGAUUGCUGGAUUGCUGGCCAUGGAGGAUGGCCGUGUCCGAUCGACGAUCGCGCGUGCUAUCCAAGUUGCGACUGAACGGGCCAGUGAGUUGGGGCAGCCAGGUAAAAAGUGA